CAAUUGACACACCCAAACGAAAUCAGAGACAUAAUGACACCCUUCCGGCGAGUAACACUUACAACCCACACCCUAACCUCCUUCCUCCGAACCGCAACCCCCCACCGCCUCUAUUCCACCGGAACCGCACCCUCCUCCGUCUCCGCCGAUGAACUCUCCCACUUCUCCGCGCUCGCCAGCAGCUGGUGGGAUCCGAUGGGUCCCUCGCGGGUCCUGCAUUUGAUGAAUCCGCUGCGUCAUGAAUUUAUCGCGUCUUGUUUAGCUGAGGGGCCGCCGGCGCAUGGUCAGCAACAACAGCCGGAACAAGGACAGGCGAAUCUGCAUUAUCUAGAUGUAGGCUGCGGGGGGGGGAUUUUCGCAGAGUCGCUCGCGCGAACAAUCCCGUCUACGAAAAAUAAGACGGUGACGCCUACUCGCGCCGCUUCGAUCACAGCACUUGAUCCUUCCACCACACUUAUCCAAAUCGCCCGCGAACACGCCCGCAUUGAUCCUACGGUCGACAUGCACCUCCGCACCGGCCGGUUUAGCUACCAGAACCGGACACUAGAAGACCUUAUCGAAUCGUUCUCUGACAGCAAUGAAAAGAAACAAUUUGACAUUGUCACCCUCUUCGAAGUCCUCGAACACAUCGACCCGUCUACCUCCUCACCGCUCGCUUUCCUUACAAAUUGUCUUCGUCUCGUGAAGCCCGGUGGGUGGCUUGUUGGGUCGACGAUCGCGCGCUCGUUCCCGUCGUUCCUGGUAAAUCAGGUCAUCGCUGAAGCGCCGUGGCCAAUUGGUGUUGUGCCUAGGGGGACGCAUGAGUGGAGCAAGUUUGUGAACCCCGAUGAAGUGAAAGGGUGGGUGCAGGAGGGGUUGAUGAGGGGGAGGGAUGGGACUGCUGAGAAGGCUGGGAGCGAAGCGUUGCAGGGUUCGAUGUGGAAAUGUGAGGGUGUGAUGUAUUUCCCGGGGUUGGGGUGGAAGAUUGUGAAGGGGUCGGAGGAUUGGGGGAAUUACUUCUGGGCUGUUAGGAAAGGUGUUUGAUACGGUUUUUACGGGUGUUCACUAUGCAUGUAAUGUAUGUACGAUAGAAAAGAGAAGCGUGCU